AUGGCGUCCCGGAAAUCGCCGCUGAGUCUGUUCUCAGCCCUUUUGCUGGCCUGCGCGACGCUCCCGCAGUAUGCAGCUGCAGCUCCCUACCCACAGCCAGAGCCACAGGCAAAUGUUGUCUGGUACACCUCCGUCUGGACCGACACGUUGACGCAGACCCACACCAGCGUCUGGAGUACUGUAGUCGGAGCUAUGGCCACGAACGGCCCCGACUGCGUUCCCAACACCAGUCUUGGCGAGUCAGCAUGCGGCAGCAUUUGCUGUGCGGCAUCGCAGAAGUGUCAAUACGCCGGCCAGUGUAUGGAGAGGGGUCCCAACGACGGCGCCCCAUUUUUGGGCAGCACCUUGGCCGGUCACACUUACACUACCCAGUACAGCGCCCCUUACCGUCCUACCAGCGGCGCUACGGGAACAGCAGCCAGCGCUACAGCCAGCAGCACAGGCGGUGCGGCCGGUGGUGCAGCCGGUGGCGGCACGGCUGAUACCGGUCUGAGCGGAGGAGCGAUCGCGGGUAUCGUUAUUGGCACACUCGCCGGUGUUGUUCUGCUUCUGCUGCUGUGCGCAUGCUGCAUCGUGCGUGGCCUGUGGCACGGGUUCCUGGCCAUCUUCGGCAUCGGAGCAGGCAACAAGAGGACCAGGGAGACGGUCGUCGAGGAGGAGCGGUACGCUCGCCACAGCGGCCGGAGAGACUCCCACGGCUCUUGGUAUGAGGGCGCCGCCGGCGGUCGUCCCAGCGGAGCCGCUGCGCGCAAGGAGAGCAGUGGUAAGGGUCUGAUGGGCGCCGGAGCAGCUCUCGGUACGCUCUGGCUCUUGCUCGGAAUGAAGAAGGAUAAGAAGAAGGAGUCGUCGAGACGCAAGUCCAGGAGCGAGAAUAGCAGCUAUUACUAUUCUGAUUAUACCUCCAGCGGAAGCCCUAGCUCGUUCAGUAGCGAUAGACGAACUCGGCGCUCUGCGCGCUCUGCCUCUGCCCACGGCGCUGGUAGGACCAGGACAGCCAGCAGAGUGACCAGGACGACGACUCGCGUGUCGCGCGUUAGCUCCGUGCCUCCGCCGCCUCCUGGUCAGCGCCGCAUUCCAUCGAGGUCUCCCGGUCCUAUGAGGGGAUGA